CAGGAGUUAAAGAAGCCGAAAAAACUCAAUAAACAAAAAAACAAACAUUAAAAGGAAAUGGUAAUAGUAAAUAGGCAACCAGCGUGAGUUAAAGGUCACAGCACACAGUCACAUGACCGUCACGAGACACUGCCGCACCCAUCACGUCAUCACCACCUUGGACAACGUUGCAUCACUGCCAUUAUAAACACUAACGCUUAUUAUCACUACAUGUGUGUGUGUGUGUGUGAUGUUUGGGGACUCUGGGCUGGCCGCUGGCAACCCUGCAGCAGACGACGCGGCCGCCAGUCACUCAGCAGCAGUCAGCAGUGAGUCAGUGUAGCAGCAGCAGCAGCAGUAGGAGGAGAGAGCAGAAGCCCUUACGCUGCCGCCCCGCCCCGCCCCGUGACCGUGUGUUAGCCCACCAUGCCGCCCUGACCUGACCCGUGACCCGCCGCCAUGUUCGCCAAGAUAAUCUCGGACGUGCUCAACAAGUUCCUGGGGAAGUACAUCGAAAACCUCGACGGCUCGCAGCUCAAGAUUGGCGUGUGGGGAGGCGAUGUUGAGCUCCGAGACUUGGACCUGAAGGAGAGCGCCUUGGACGAGCUUGACCUUCCUGUUCGCCUGGUUUGUGGACAUGUUGGCUACUUGAAGCUCAAAAUCCCGUGGAAGAACCUGUUCAAGGAGCGAUGGGAGGCCACGGUGGAGCGUGUGCUGGUGGUGGUGGUGCCCAAGACCUCCAUACAGUACGACGCAGAGAAGGAGGAGAAGCUGCUGCAGGAGGGGAAGAUGGCGGCCCUGCAGCGGGGGGAGGAGGCCAGGCAGAAGCAGCAGGAGAUGGAAAAAGGGGACCAAUCCGCAUCUCAGGAUGGAUUUUUUGAGAAGCUCUGCUCUCAGAUUAUUCGCAACAUCCAGAUCUUCAUCAAGGACAUACACGUUAGGUAUGAAGACUCCCUCAGCUGCCAGAGUUCCCAGUUUGCUGCCGGGAUCACUCUGUCCAACCUCACCAUGCAGAGUACCGGGGCAGACUGGAUCCCUCGCCUGGACGCAAGCAAGCUGGUCUAUAAGUUGAACACACUUGAUUGCCUGGGGAUCUACUGGAACCCGGAUGCAAAGUUGGUCGCGCAGAACGGCCACGACAAGAGUGAAAUGAUCAAGUGCCUUAAAGAGCUUAUCACCUCACAAGACUACAUACCUCAGGGGAUGAGCUACAUUAUCGGCCCCAUCUGUUCCUCUGCCAAGCUACAGUUGAACCCCAAACCGGAGCAGCCUGACGAGGGUGGCAAGGUCUUCUCCAUACCCUUUGUUUCCCUGGACUUUGUGAUGGACGAACUGGCUGUGGGCCUGACGCGCCGGCAGUACUCUGGCAUCAUGGCGCUCCUUGACUCCUUUGACAGACUCACCCUGUCCUCCAAGUACAGGAAGUAUCGCCCACAAGUCCAUAAGGUCGCCGGCAAUGCUACAAAAUGGUGGCACUACGCCUACGAGUGCCAGCUGGAGAACAUCCGGCGCGUGCACCAGAACUGGUCUUGGGAGCACAUGAGGCAGCACAGGGCCAGGUGUCGGCAGUACAAGGCUGUGUACAAAGCCAAGCUGGAGAACAAGCUGACCUCAGCACUCACCAAGGACCUGCAGGACUGUGAACGCACCCUGGACGUGUUCAACAUCACGCUGGUCAGGAGGCAGGCAGAGAUGGAGGUCCAGAGGGAGGGACGCCUGCGGAAGCAAGAGAAGCAGAAGAAAGGAUGGUUCAGCGGAUGGCUGUUCGGGGGCGGCGACCAGACCACCGACGACGACAAGGACGAGGGGAACCUAGCCAUGAAGCUUAAAUCCGCAAUGACCGACGAGGAGAAGCAGAAGCUACACGAGGCCAUUGGGUACUCUGACAGUGGCCCUCCACCCAGCUACCCCGAGGAGUUUGUUGACAUCCUCCUCAAAUUCCUCCUCAAGCAGCUGACCAUCCGGGUGACAGACGAGGACACCGGGGGAGCCUGCGUCCUGCACCUCAAGCUGGACCAGGUCACCUCAGCCCUCGAGAACCGGUCCGGGGCCAGUGCUGUCAGGGUCAAGGCGAGCGUGCAAAGUCUUACAGUGGAGGGCUACCCCGUUGAAGGCCCCGUGCCCCGCCUGGUGACCACAGAGACCACCACUAGCGGGGCGCCCCUACUGGACGUGACCUUCGAGACCAACCCGCUGGACAAGGCAUGUGACCAGCGUGUGAAGGUGGUGGCCCAGCCGAUUGAGGUCAUGUACCACGCACACACCAUCAUACAGAUCAGCGACGUCUUUGCCCCGCCCAAGGAUGUGUCCCUGCAGCAGUUGCAGGCGGCAGCACUGAACCAGCUGGAGGUGGUGAAGGAGAGGAGCGUGACAGGCCUCCAGACGGCCAUCGACAACCACAGCAUCCUGGACCUCAACCUGUCCUUUGCCGCCUCACACAUCAUCAUUCCAGAAAACGGAUCCUACGCAGAGAACUGUUCUGCCGUUGUGGUGACGCUCGGCAGUGUUCAGAUGCAGAGCAAGCCACGGACCAAGGACGCACCCGCCCUCUCUAAGCUGGUGUCUAUGGGCCACUCGCAGGAGGAGGUCAUGAACAUUGUCAGGACGUCCUCGUACGACAAAUUUAUCAUCGAACUUGUGGAUAUACAGGCGCUGGUGUCCCUGACGGCGGAGGACUGGCGGGACACGGUGAGCAGUGGCAAGGCCUCACCCCUCCACCUGCUGGAGCCCACCACCCUGCACGUGGACCUGCACAAGUGCCUCCUCACCAACGACCCAAACCUGGCCAAGGUCAAGAUACAUAUUUCCCUGCCUGAUGUGGGGCUGUCCGUUGCCGACGAGAGACUGCUGCAGCUGGCCUACAUCAUCCACAGCAUUCCCAAGGGAGAGAAGAGCGAGGAGCCGGAGGAGACGUCAGACUUUGAUCAGAGUGACGACCUGAGCCGCAGCGUUGCCACGGAUGAUGUGGCUCUGGUGCGGCUGGAGCGUACUGAGCUGCGGAGCGCCAAGCAGGAGCAGAAGGAGACGCCACAGUUCACCAACCUGGAGCUGUCUUUCGUCAUCAGCGAGAUCCGCCUGGAGCUCAAGAAGAAGCUUGGGUCGGGCUACGAGUCGCUGAUGAAAGUGGCAGCGUUGUCAGCCAAGGUCGAGCUCGCCCACCGCACGUUUGACCUCUCUGUGUCCAUCGUCUUGGGCGGCAUCCUAGUGGAGUACUUGAAGGGCGGGAACUACAGGCUGCUGAGUACCCCCUUGACCGAGGGAGGAGACCAGGCCUUCCUCACACUUAACUUUACUCAGGUCAACCGCAAGAGCCCAGACUUCCAGGUCAAGUAUGGGUCCACCAUGCAGCACCUCCACGUGAUGGUGAGCCACCUCAAGGCCCAUCUGGAGCAGUCUGCCAUCCUCAGCAUCCUGGCCUUUGUGGAGCAGCUCACCUACAGGCUGAACCAGUUGGCGCCAGAGCAGGCUGAGGAGGCUCACCCACAGACGCUGGAGUCGGACACAGACACACUGACAAGCAAGAAGCAGCUCCUCUCAAAAACUCUAGUGCCCCCCAAAAGACGAGUUCCCGACGUCACUGCUCUCAAGAUAUUCGCCAAGCUGGGGAACGUCAGUCUGGUCAUUGCUCACAAGUCACGGCAUGUGGCGAAAGUGGACGUGGCUGGUCUGAUCGUCAAUGUCACCAUGAAGGGCCAGGACACCUUCAUCACCUCUCAGCUCAAGGACUUCACUGUCAUUGACCCAAGCACAACAGCCCUGCACCCCAAGAUCGUGGAGAUCGUGGGCAAGGAGGCGUGGGACGUGCAAGUGUCCCUCUUUGGGGGCGCCACGGAGGGGAGCCACUAUAUGGACAUGGAGCGCGUGGACACCAGCAUCACACUCACCUUCGGGGGAGCCAGGAUCGUCUUCCUCAACAAGUUCGUCACGGAUGUCCUGAGCUGGAUUGACAAGUUCCAGGCGGCCAAGGCGGCGCUGGCCUCGGCCAGUGUGGCGGCAGCCGUGGCGGCCCAGGCCACGCUGCAGGAAGCCUACGACAAGUGUGCACGCAUCAGCAUGUCCUUCACACUGAGGGCCCCGCUGAUUCUGGUGCCCCAAGACUCCAACAGCCUGUCCGGCCUGAUGGUGGACUUGGGUCUGAUCACCAUCAAGAACAGGUUUGAGCUGGGCAAGGAGCGCAAUGAGUUGGGUUACCCCGCCAUGUUUGACAAGAUCCAGCUCGAGCUCAACCAGAUCAAGUUGUCCAGAGUUGAGCUGAGCACAGAGGGAACCAUAGAGAGGGAGAACAACCUCCUGGAGCCCGUGUCCCUCACUCUCACCAUCUGCCGGAACCUGACCAUCUCCUGGCUCAAGCAGCAGCCGGAGCUCGACAUACAGGCAAAGCUCAAGCGGAUAGAGAUAAUCGACCGCUGUGAUGUGUCCUUCCACCACCUGGUCACCCCAGUACAGCCUGGCAGCAUUCACGUCCACCUCAGUCAAGUUAAUUUGCGUGUGUCUCCUGCAAUCAUCGAGCUCCUCAGCACCAUCGCCACAACGCUGUCAGGGCUGGACAAGGCAGACGAGGAAAAGACAGAGGAGAUACGCGACUGGUCCGGCCUAUGGAAAGUCAAGCCACUCACUAAGGAAGAGUUUACACUACUGGAUGUGGAGGAAGGUCAAGAAGCUAUCAUGAGCGAGGGGAGUGAGGUUGCCAAGCCUAAGCCAGCGUGUAAGGAUGGCAGUGGUGAUGAGUGUGCGGAGGUGAUGCUGGAGUGCUUCUUGAUCACCCUGGAGGCUGGCUCUUCAACCUCCCCCAUCCCUCUCAUCAAACUCCAGACCAGCGUUAAUACUCUUGUUACCGGCUUCUACUCUAAAAAGCUUCGUGUCAAAGGCAACCUCAACUUGGAACUGGCCUCCUUCAACCCUCGCCUGGCAGUGUGGGAGCCUUUGCUGGAGCCGGUGGAGAAGACAACCACCGUGGGACAGCCGGAACACAAGCCUUGGGCCUUUGAGUUUGAGGUGACGCAGGACAUGUCGAGUGGAGACAGCACUGUGGUGUCCCCGGUGGGCUCUGUGCCGGGCUCACCAGAUAUGGAGGAGGUGGACUUUGAGGAGUUCCAUUUUCCUGAUCCGGUCUGCACCAUAUCCCUGACUGCGAAGGACCCCAUGGAGCUCACGGUGACCAAGACCUUCAUGGAGGUGGUGGGCAUCCUGUCCGAGGCGUUCUCCGAGGCAUACAAGCGCAAGGUGACGGAUGCCAAGACGCUGAGUGCCCCGUACCGCAUCGCAAACUACACCGGCAUGCACAUCAGCGUGGAGGUGGCGCAGUCAGGCUUCAAGGUUGCCACACAGGGAGGCGAGGGUGUGGAACAGGUGACAGUGGAGUCCGGCGCCCAGGUUGAUCUGGAGGAGGUGAAGGUCCUCACCCCCAAGCACAGGAGGGUGGCAUCACUGGUGACUGACUGCCAGAGCAUCCAGGACCGAAGGCUUGUGCUCAAGAUCCCGGGCCUGGACUGCACCUGCUCCAUCCCUGUGGCACGGGCCGACAAGAGGUACUUUGAGGUGGAGCACAGGAACUCCGGUGAGAAGUGGGGCAUUGUGACCAGCAUAGCCAUGGAGAGCGGCUGCAAGGUCAUCACACUUAGCUCCUGUGUCGAGGUGAUCAACCACUUGGACGUACCAGUGGAGGUGUACUACAUGACAGAGCGCGGCAACGAGGUGGAGGCCGUGGUAAGUCUGGGCCCGAAGGAGAGCGCCCUGCUGCCCCUGCACGCCGCCUACAGUCCCACGGCGGAGCUCUUCUUCUGUGUCGAGGGGCACAACGUUUGCAUCCUGCCCUUCGUGUGGCGUCUCCUGCAGAACAACCCAAACUACGAGAUGAAGGUCAGCUGCCCACCCAAGGAUGUCAGGGAGAUACACGGCACACCCUUCCUCAUGUUUGCCUCCGGUGAAGUUGAACAGAUCCUUUGGGAGAACACCAGCCGUCGCACCAUGAAGAGCACACUGUACCGGGUCCACCUCCACCCCUGCCUGGUGCUGCACAACCUGCUGCCGGUGCCCAUCUCCCUCGAGCCGCCCGGUACCAUGACCACCAACGUCAUCAUGCCCGGCGCAUCGCUAAACCUCACCAAGGCACAGCUCGGCACCUGCUACCUUGAACUCCUGCUCCUGGACUACCUCUCUCGGGACUGGAUCUGUGGCAAGCCACUCGAGGCCAACCCGCCCGAGCUAAGUGUGUGGACCUUCAAGUCUCGCGGGGACAUCAUGGGCGGACCGCUGGACCUGGACCUGGGGAUGCUUGCCGUCAAGACCCGGCAGCGCCUGUCCCUCAGCCUCUACUGCCCCUUCUGGAUGAUCAACAAGUCGGGACUCAUGCUGACCUAUCGGGGCGACACCCGCAACAACAUAGUGGUUCACGAGGAGGUUAACAACGAGGCCAUCCUCUUCUCCUUCAAGUCCAAGGCGUUCUUCGGAAAGAAAAAAGCAACCGUCAAGGUGGAGGACAGUGACUGGUCCGACAAAUUCUCGCUUGAUGUUGUUGGCAGCUCAGGGUCUGUCCUCUGCAAAGCACCCAAUAAGAACUACCAGGUUGGCGUGGACAUCCAGCUUGGCAACUCCGGGCUCACCAAGAUCGUUGUGUUCACUCCCUUCUACAACAUCCUCAACAAGGCCUCCUACGACAUCGAGGUGGCGGAGGUUGACGUACCGCAGGCCGAGUGGUUCACCGUCAUGGCUGGGGAGUGCAUUGGGUGGUGGCCGGUGGGGUCCAAGCACCAGGUGUAUGUGCGGGUGAGGGGCACGCAGGACACCACCGCGGCCUUCCCCUACGACCGCCCGCUCUCCACGGUGCUCGCCCUGCCCAACAUGUACGGCGGCAUCCUGGGAGAGGUGAGCAUGAAGGAGAGCGGUGUGGUGAUCCAGUUUGACCAGUACUACGAGGGAGCCGCCCCCGCCUUGCUCAUCAACCACCUCACCAACACCACCAUCUCCAUCUGGCAGCAGGGACACGACCACAAGAAAGUGGCCCUGACUCCCAUGAGCGUCAAGCACUUCACCUGGAAUGAGCCGGGCGGGACGCUGGCCGUGUGUGGCAGUGUUGGGGCCGACCGUCCCAUCACCCUCACCCUGGACAAGGACGACCAAGGCUGCACCCCGGACCAGACCAUCCACUGGGCCGUCUUCCUACAGAAUCAGCAGCGUUGUGUGCUCUUCAUCGACAACAUCCACAUCGUCUCCGCCGCCCUCAACGCCGCCAUGCUCGAGCGUUUCCAGCAGGAGGUCGUUCUCUCCAUCAACAGCAUUGGGCUUUCCCUUGUGGAUGAUAUCGACAGGAAAGAGGUCGCCUACAUCAGCCUAGCAAGCUCUGGCGUGGUGUGGGAGCACUGUAAGCAGAAGGGCAGGAAGCACAGGCCCUUCACUCAGUCCCAGACGGAGCUGCUGGAGAAGUGUUACCAGCUCUACCAGGGACAGGUCAAGACAAUGCCGGAUGCUUCUUGCAUUGAGAGCCACUAUGUCAUCACUCGCAACCUGGAGGUUGAUUAUGCCAAGAUGACGGUGUCCAAGCCCUUCCAUAGAAAGAUUCGACGCACCUUCCAGCCCGGCGUGAGGCUUGAAUUCCGUCAGUCCACCCACCAGCGUCAGAUCCACCUCAAGGUCAACAGCCUCCAGGUGGACAACCAGGCGUGUGACGUCAUGUUCCCGGUGGUCCUGGCGCGUGUGCCCACCCCUCGCAGCGUGCUGGCUGACACAGUUGCCAAGCCGUUCUGUGAGGUGAGUGUGGCCCAGAAGGUGAUCUCCCCCACGCUGACGCAGUUCAAGUACUUCGCCGUGCUCAUCCAAGAGUUUCACGCCAAGGUGGAGCUGCCGUUCGUCUUCGCUGUCAUGGAGGUUCUGAUGCCGACGAGAGAAGUCUCCACCGACCUCUACUCAGUUGAAAAGUAUGAAAAGGACGAAAAGAUUGUCCACGGAACACUGACCUCCAAGGUGAAGAGCCAGGCCGGAGAAGGCAGGAAGGAUUACUUUGACACCCUGCACCUGUCCCCCAUAAAGAUGCACCUGAGCUUCUCCCUGUCGGCCACAGACUCCGGCACCACGGCGCCAGUGGGCAGCCAGGUGAUCCACCUCUUCCUGCAGAGUGUGGGAGUCACCCUCACAGAGGUCCAGGAUGUGGUCUUCAGACUGGCGUACAUGGAGCGCCAGAACCAGUGGAUGAGCUGGAACCAGCUGGUGCAGGAGAUGAUAGCACACUACCAGGGCCAGGUCAUGAAGCAGCUCUACGUGUUGGUCCUUGGCCUUGAUGUGAUUGGCAACCCAUUCGGGCUUGUUGUGGGCUUCACCAAGGGGGUGGAAGACCUCUUCUACGAACCCAUUCAGGGAGCCAUUGAGGGUCCUGGGGAGUUCGCAGAGGGCAUGGUGUACGGCGUGACCAGCUUCAUGGGCAAGACCGUUGGGGGAGCGGCCGGAGCAGUGUCGCGCAUCACAGGAACCAUUGGCAAGGGAGUGGCGGCCCUGACCCUGGACGAUGAGUACCAGAAGCGUCGCCGGGAAGCCAUGCACCGGAAGCCUGCCGACGGAAUAGAGAGUUUAGCGAGGGGAGGGAAGGGCAUCGUCACCGGUGUCGUUGAUGGUGUGACGGGAGUGUUCCUGAAGCCAAUCGACGGUGCCCGGGAGGAGGGCGUGGAGGGCUUCUUCAAGGGCAUGGGCAAGGGCGUGGUGGGCCUGGUCACGCGGCCGGCCUCGGGGGUCAUCGACUUUGCCAGCGGGUCCUUCGAUGCCGUCAUGAGAGCCACAGACUCCACCGAGGAAAUCAUGCGUCGUCGGCCGGCCAGGUUCAUCGCAGCGGAUGGCGUGAUUCGUCCCUUCGUGCUGCACUAUGCCCAGGGAACCAGAAUGCUGCAGGAAAUCGAGAAGGGCCGCUAUGCCAAGACGGAUGUGUAUGUGGCUCACUCCAACAUCGCCAUGAGCAAGUCCGUCCUGGUGGCCACGGACAAGAGGGUCAUGCAGGUCACACGCAACGACAUCCUGGGUCACCUCAAGGUCGAAUGGGUUCACAGCUUCGACGAGAUGUCCGAGCCUCCCGUGCUGACUACCAACGGCCUGCGCCUGAGUGUGAAGCAGGAGAAGAGGCGCAUGCUGGGGGUGUUCGGUGGCGGCAACAAUACCAAGGUGGUGCAGUUAGGCUCGGUUGAACAAAACCAUGUAAGUCGCCAACAUCAAGAUUUGCCCCCUAACCCCAUGCAUGGUAGAAGUCAUGGUAGCACUCUUUACAGUAACCCACCGCCACAGCACCCUGGUAGUGGCCCACAGCACCCUCAAACAGCCCCGCAGUACCCUAAUACAAGCCCACAAUACCCCAGUAAAGCUCCACAAAACCCAAACCCAAGCCCACAGUACCCUGCCAGAGCCCCACAAAGCCCAAACACACGCCCAUCAUGGUUCUCUAGUAGCAGGCCAAGACAGACUGAAUCCCCUGCCCCUAUGAGAGGUCUCUUUGGCAUGGUUGGCACAAUAGGAAGUGGCAUUACUAAGAUCGGCAGAGACGUUGCUGAAGGCAUCUCAAAAGCUGCCACCGGACAAGGCAUAACGCAACCCAGCGUGCCGUCGGGAAGCACAGGCCGUGGCAGCUGGGUCAGGCCAAGAGCUGCACCUCCACCGCCAGUAGCUCAGUCCGUGCCGCAGUCCGAGCCCCCACAAGUCUGCAUAGAGUGGGAGAAUGUCGUUAAGUAUGUCGAGGUGCCGAGGGAAGACUCGACCAUGCAGUGGUUCCUGUCAGAGCUGAGCGCAGCCUACAUCAAACAUGAACAGUAGUAGUACGUAGGAGCAGCUGGUGAAAUUAGAGAAAUGAAAACAACCCCUGUAGCUUUUUGACUGCACAGCGUUAGAAGAUGUACCACGUGAGAUCUGGUGAAAUUAGAGAAAUGAAAACAACCCCUGAAGCUUUUUGACUGCACAGCGUUAGAAGAUGUACCACGUGAGAUCUGGUGAAAUUAGAGAAAUGAAAACAACCCCUGUAGCUUUUUGACUGCACAGCGUUAGAAGAUGUACCAUGUGAGAUCUGGUGAAAUUAGAGAAAUGAAAACAACCCCUGAAGCUUUUUGACUGCACAGCGUUAGAAGAUGUACCACGUGAGAUCUGGUGAAAUUAGAGAAAUGAAAACAACCCCUGAAGCUUUUUGACUGCACAGCGUUAGAAGAUGUACCACGUGAGAUCUGGUGAAAUUAGAGAAAUGAAAACAACCCCUGAAGCUUUUUGACUGCACAGCGUUAGAAGAUGUACCAGCGUGAGAUCUGGUGAAAUUAGAGAAAUGAAAACAAACACACACACACACACACUUCUUGGACAGACAGACCUCACCCACUGUACAUACCAUUCCUUAAGACGAACGACCUCAUGUGAAAGGGUGACUCUAUGCCUAUGACUCUAUGUUAAACUGAGGGAUAUUUAUUGCCCCUCAGACAAGGAAUAGCCAGUGGUGUAAGAUUGAGGAAGAUUUUUAACUCCCUCAGACAAGUAAUAUCCACUGUAAGAUUGAGGAAGAUUUUUAACUCCCUCAGAAAGGUAAUAUCCAUGUAAGAUUGAGGAAGAUUUUAAGAACAUUUUUGAGUCUCGUGAAAAGUAAGAUCCAGUGAAAGAUUGAGGAAGAUUUUUACUCCUAUGAAAAGUAAUAUCCAGUGUAAGAUUGGGGAAGAUUUUAACCCCUUCAGACAAGUACCAGUGUAAGAUUGAGGAAGAUUUUUACCCCCCCCCCCCCUUCCCCCUCAGAAAAGUAAUAUCCAUGUAAGACUAAAAAUUGAUUGUCUGAUUGUGAUUGAGGAAGAUUUUUAACUGCUCAGAAAAGUAAUAUCCCAUGUAAGAUUGUGGAAAAUAUUUAACCCCCUCAAGUAAGGUCCAUGUAAGAGUCCCUCCCAUUGUUGCAAGAAUAGGCCUUUGCGAGACUGUACAGUGAGCGACUGAUAGGCGUAAGAAUGUAAGGCUGCACAGGGGUUAACGUAAGCAAGAAUCAGCCUUUGCGAGACUCUGUACAGUGAGCGAUUGAUAGGCGUAAGAAUGUAAGGCUGCACAGGGGUUAGCGUAAGCAAGAAUCGGCCUUUGCGAGACUCUGUACAGUGAGCGAUUGAUAGGCGUAAUAAUGCAAGGCAGCACAAGGGUGAGGGGUGAGCGUAAGUUUAAGUGAGCGGACAUUUCCAGACCGGGACCAUUACGUUUCUUGUGUACAUUUCGUCGCGUCGCCCCGGCCGUCACCCGGGAUGUGUCUUUGGUGUUGAUUUUGAGGACGAUAAAACUGUAUUAACUUGCUCCUGUUGUUGUUGUCGUUCUUCUUCUUCUUUUUGCUAAUCUUUAUGCCACUAAGAUCAUGUCUGUAUAUAUAUUUUAUUUUUUUUUUUUUUUUUUUUUUUUUUUUUUUUU